AUGCUGAAGAAGAGUAUAGACAAGAAAACACUAUUGGCAGAGUUGAAAAAGCUUGGAGACCUCGAAAAAGUCCAUGCAAAUCUCAUCCGCGUUCUAAUCGGGUUGACAGAAGAUCCGGAAGAAAAGUCGAUGCAAGAGAUGAGCAUGGAGUCGUCUAAAAGCCUUGGGCGUCGAUUCGUCACGGACAUUCUUCAGCAAUCUCAAGAGGAAGGUCAUCUAGCAACACUGGUAGAUGAAGUAAAGAUGUCUCAAAAGAAGGUCGAUAUGUUUAUGUCUUUCACAAAGAUGGGGAUCGAUACACUAAAAACUUUGCUCUAA